GUGUGCCCUUCUCUACCACCACCUCACCCCCAUCAGCCCAGCGCUCCUUUUUUUUUCCUCUUUUCACUUCCAACCCUCCCCUUCGGACGCUGUACCUCGACGACGCCGACGACGAAGCCGACGACGUACGUCUUGCUGGUAGGGGAACUAUCCGAAUCCGCGACUCCCACGAUCGCAUUCGCCCCGCGAUUCGAAUACACGAAACCGCUCGAUUUCUGCGACUCGUCGCUCCCCCCGGUCCAUACAUACCUACCUAGUAACUCCAUCACCAAAUCCGACCAACCACCAACCACCACCACCACCACCAUCUCGGCCUUCAACUAUCUUACACACCCACACUCCCAGGACAAGUCCUUCUAGUGACUCGAGCUCGGAACAGCCAAACCUCGCUCUUCCAGCGCAGAACAUCCGACGACGUAUGAUGGCAACUGAAGCCACCCUCGCCGCCCCCGUUGAUGCUUCUGUCCAUUCUGACCCCAAGCUCACUAACGACGCUGAUAUCGACUCCCAAAAUGUCGGUCCAAAUCGCGCGAAACUGAACGGUAGUCCCGCCGUCGAUGACUUAGAAAAUAAGCACAUCACCGGUGUCGAAGAUCAACUCAAUUCAGCAGAUGUUAGUGUUAGUGGAGGGUCGGAUACGGAGGCAUCGCGGGCGGCUCGAGAUGGAGAAAAGGGACACGGCAGGACGUCGUCGACCGUCAAGAAGCCCGCAACCUUCAAGGCUGUCUCGGUCAACAAGACCUUCCUCGCAUCAAAGGGCCCUACCAUUUCCUCGGCGACCAAACCCGGCGAAAAGACGAAUUCGACCUCGAUCCUGAGCUCCUCGCCAUCAGGAACCUCGACUCUGUCUUCACGACCGAGACUAGUCGCAAAGUCGGGCACUGGCACAGGUUCUUCACCGGGACUCAAAGCGGCUGCCAACGGCGCCAAGCCUGCCGCCGGCCCUGACCCCAGCGCAGUAUGGAACAAGAAUCGACCUGUCCCUACCCCGGAACCUAAAAAGCUUACGGACGAAGAACUUAAGAAGUAUGGCAUCCAUAUGGCAAGCCGUCUUGCCCCCGAAAGCGGACAGUCGGCACAGGGAAAUUGGGCAGAUAUAGAAGACGACGACGACGACUGGGCGCCCGAGACCAUCACUUGGACUGAUGGUACCAAGACCACCCUCCCGCAUCCCGACGAAGUACCUGCGCCGCCGCCGCCCGAGCCGACUCCUGCGCCACCGAAAGAGAAGGUUAUUGAAAACCCGAAAUCUCCUGUACCACCGCCUCGAACCACUGCUUCGCCCUCGAUUAAGACUGGCGGGCUUGCAUCUGGCAAAGGGCUCAUCCUCAAGGCUGGGUCUGCCGAAAAGCCCACGCUUGUCGCCAAACCACCUGCGCCUCCGACGCCAGUGAAAUCGCCCUGGGCACCUCUGCCUCCCGUAGAGAAGGCUCCUCCGCCAGUCAUCGCCGAGCCGCCUGCUGCUCAGCAAGGCGCGAGAUACCCUCCGAGAGACCACGCGACUAAUAAUAACGUUCCGCCCUACCAUGCCAAGGAGAUUGCUGCUGAUGACUUCAAUCGAUCAGCUUGGAGAGAAGGCGGUCCUCCAGGCGGUAACCGAGAAUUGUUCAACUCGCAAUCUGGGCGUUAUGAGCCGGUACCGGCCGAUCGAAGAGGCUCCUUCCGAUCUGACGUCCAUCCUAGGCAACCGGCAGUGUUACAACGCCCGUCCCAGUCCGAUCAUCCGGAGCCCUCUGCCGCUUUCCAAACGAGCAGAAACUCUGUGCCCGACGGUCCCAUGGGUAGGCGCCGUGGAUCUUCUGUUGCUAGCGGUGGUAGCGGAUCCUACUUGCAACGGCCAGGCAAGGGACAUGAGCUUCCGGGUCCUCCCCAGGACUUGCUGAGUGCUCGGAGAGGCUCUAUGGCUGGCUCGGUUGAAAGUCCCAUGUCCCCGCGGAACUUUUCGCCUUCGGGCUUACAACAUGGUCCACGGAUGCACGGCAAUCAGCAGUGGCAACCCCGACCAUCCCCCGGGACCAACCAUGCCACCCUACACUCAGCUGGCCCUCAGACAGACGGAAGACCAGCCCCACCGCCACCGAUGGCGCGAUUGGAGGAGGAUCUUGAGAUGCAGAAGAAGGUCAUGCGUGAGAAACGCGAGUUGGCAAUGCAGAGGCGACGCGAAGAGGAGGCUCGUGAGGAAGCUGCGAGAAAAGCGCGCAUCGCGGCGAAGUUGGAAGCCAUGGGGCCAGCCCCAGAACGCAAAAGUGACAAGAAGGAGGCUUCGCCAGAGAGUUCCAACGCGGCCCCAGCACAGGCACAAUCUCGACAAGACGGUUCUACUGCCCAGGAAGCCGGUUCAAAGCCGCCUGCCGCGGGCUCCGAUACAUCGGUCGUCCCGUCAACUCCCGCCAACGCCAACGACAAGCCUUACGGCGAAAGACCCGUCACCGCAGGCGGAGAGCAUGCAAGACGACCAAGUGGCUCGGAGGCAAGGCCGCCCAACUCAUGGGUUGCACCUACGCCUCAACAAGAGCGGCUUCCGACUUGGGGCGCGGCUGCGGCUGGCCCUCAGGCUCCUCGUAACGUCUGGGGAUCGCCUAACAAUGAUCGCGGACUGGGCAACGGCACCUUUAAUACUGACUUGGGCCGUUUGCCAGAGCCUCAAGCAGCAGGAAAGGGUCCAGCACCCAUCGCACCACCCAGCGCGCAGCGAGCGCAGGUCCAGAUUCCACCGGUCACCCAGGCUCGUCCCACUACGGGUAAUGCUCGCGAAGUGAAUGAGAUGAGAAAUAGAUGGGCUCACUCGGUUCUGGAAGGCGACAAGAUAGUACUCGACGAGAAGAGAUCGCAGCGCCUCGAGCGUGAUCGGAGUCUGGUGGAGCGCGGGCUCACUAUUGAACAGGCCCAAGCCACGAUUAAAGAUACUUGGCGCCCAUCCGGAGAUGGAAGACGCGAUCCUGCACACGUUAUUCACCACGAUGUUCGCGCUGCUGGGUCUGUCGACCACUCAUCUGUGCUACCUCCUACAGGACCAUCGGCCGCCACUCAAUCUCGAAGCUCCUCUAGAUUCUUCCCUCCUAGGGACAACAGACAUGAUUCCACAGCUUCGCAUGCGGAACCAUCGAGGCCUAACUCACCUUCCCCGCCGCCCCCGGAUAUGCUCGGCCACCCGGCCUUCGAUGGAGACGCCAUGCACCCUCACGUAUCUCUCCCCCGACCGCAUCCCGUUGUGAAGUUACCACCUUCAGCUGCGGCGGCGCAGUCAGCGGCACCCAGAUCUACUGGGCCAUUUGCUUGGGCAACGCCAGCCGGUUAUAAGGAUGGUCCAGGAACUCAUGGCCGCGGACCUUACCAGCAGAACCACGUGUCCCAGCGGUCGCAAGAUUCAGCAGGAAACGAGAAUUGGCAAGAUAGGAUCAACAACCUACUCACGGGACGAAAGCCAAACUCUCCACCAAAGGCACCUGGUGUCGAGCCUGUCACUAAAAGUGCUCUCGACUAUUCCGGUCACUACAAUCCGGCUACCGUCUCUCUACCUCGCUCAGCCACCCAGAACUUAUCAGACGAUGUGAAGUCUUUCACUACAAAGCCACCGGCAGAGGAAUGCUUCGAGGAACAGGAAAUGGGGUCGCUUCCUCGCAUUCAUCUGCCCCAUAAGACUCCGGAGGCUGCUUGGCAACCUGCUGCCGCCCCUAUUAAGCCUCUGCCGAGGCGUUUCUGGGUUUCCGAUGUUGAGACUGUUCGUUCCCUGUGGUUUCCCCAUGAGAUGUCUACCAGCGGCAGCGUUUACCGCAUUCUUCUUCCCGGUAUGGGUGACGCGAGGACUGUCCCACUUCCUUUCUCUCGUUCAGGAAGCAAUCCACGACGAUCCAGCGGGCGUGGUGGUGGGCAGCGAGGAUCGGGCCCGAGUCAUCGUGGCGGCAAGGGACGGGAGCCUUCGUACUCUGGUGAAGCUAGCAGCUCGACACCUCCCCCCAGCCGGGGAGGCCGCGGUGGCUAUCGCGGACGCGGGUCUGAGAACUGGUCCCGCAGGACUACGCCCACGCAGGCAGCCUAAGAGCUGUUCAAAUUACAACUUGAAACCCUACACAACUUUGUUGACUUGUUGAGGUUAACAUACACUACCAAUCGCAGCCGGCAGUAUCAACGGCCGACGAACACCGCAUAAAUAUUGUUCCGCAUGCUGUUACUGUGGCAUGCCCGAACUGCUCCGCCACGAGCGGUAGGCAGUGUGUACCAUCUCGAAAAAUCGAUUAUUUUCACAGAGAGCGCUUUGCGUUUUCAGACUUUUACGGACCCUGAUUUGAUCGAAUCGCUUUGGUCGGUCGGUAUAUGAGCUUGACCGGCCGGGAAAUUUGGCCCAGACGGCCAAGACGCGGACAAAUGGGGUGGAUGGAAGCGAGAGCGAAGUCUUUUUGUGAAUUUUAUUCUCUUCCACUCUCACGACACACGAGCUCCAUCUUCCCACCAUUGAACAACACUCUCAACCCAAUACGAGAACCCCCUUUUGCUCGGCUACAUAGGUCAGAGGGGAAGAACGCUGGUCAUGUUGACCAAGGUCCGGUGUUUCUUCGUACGAUUCAUAACCAUGACACGCAUAACGAACGGCCGGGAGGUCAAAGGAAGGUUGGCUGGCGGGUGUCCUGGGAGUAUCGGAGGGGGCAACGCGGUCUUUUACAAACACCUGAUGUGCAAAGGAGGUGAGAUUACAGGACUCGGAAAUGGAUGAGUGUCUUUUUCUUACACAAGCGUUUACUCGGUCACUGCCAGCGGAAGGACAGACAGUAGCUG